AUGUCUUUGAACGGAUCACUCAACUCGCUUGCGGAAGCCAUCACAUUCACAGCUCGUGAAAACAAAGUCGAGGACCUGCAAAAUCUCCUGGGGAAAUGGGAGUCUCCGGACCGAGAGCCGCCACAGCGAGCACUCAACGCAGCCCUUCGACAAGGCCACGUGGGGCCGGCAAACCUGCUCCUAGAUCGCGGGUGCUAUUGCGGCUUCCACGAGACACAGGCAGCCUUGGAGGGAGGCCACAAGAUCGCAAUAUUCGAAUGCAUGCUCCAGCAUGGGUGGGCAGUCAACUUCAGCCUCGACCACCGCGGCGACGCAUUAGUGUGCUCGCUGCUUUUCGCGGACACGCCCGACCUUCCCCGAUGGCUCCUUGAGCACGGGGCGGACCCCAAUGCCAAACCCCGGAGUGACCCGGUGUGCUCGACUGCACUCGAGGCCGCGUGUUCCGGGCCAAGUAUUCCGGCUGAUAUCGUCAGCCUCCUGCUAAAACACGGGGCGAUGGGUAGUCUUGCGGUGCUGGUGGCCGCGUGGAAUGGUAAUGUGGAGGCACUGCGUGUGCUCCUGGACGAGGGGGGAGAAGUGUUCGGCAUUGAUGUGAUACCUGAGGCGGAGAAUCCGGACUGGGCGCUGAAGGAGGAUUGGGGGACGGCCCUACACGGUGCUGCUGCCAAGGGCGAGAUAGCAUGCGUCGAGUUUCUUCUGGGUAGAGGCGCCAGAACCGAUACCCGGAAUGGCGCUGGCUUGACUCCGGAGCAGACUGCAGAGCAUUUUGAGAACAGGGGUUGUGCGGAUGCUCUCAGGAAGUCUCCAUCAGCGUAA